AUGAUUAAAUUUACUUUUUCGUCGACAUUUUAUCUUUUCAUCUUCGCUUACAGAACUUCUGGUGGGUUAUCUGGAAAAUCUUCUAUUGAUACUGAUAUACUCAAUCCAGCCGGACGAUGUCCUGCUGGAUUGAGUAUAUCAGUAUCAAUAGAACGCAAACCAACCUUUUGUUUCAGUGCAUUAGAAAUUGAAAGAUAUGCCUUCCGUUGCUUGGAUGGAUGCCAGUGUGAUACUGAUGAUGAAGUCAUUUAUUGUCAUAAUGGGGCUAGAACUGCCCUUCAUCUUCCAGAAAGUCGUUUGCGCGGCUUUACUGUGAUUGGGAUGCUAAAUAACGCGAUCAAGAAACUUCCUGAAGAGAAAACUAUUUUAGAAAAAUUUCCUGAUCUUAAGGCCAUCGAUGUGGAAGAUAAUAAACCCUUCGACUGUGAGUCGCUGAAAGGAUACAACAUAAUUAAAAUAUACAGUGAUUGCGAAGGGAAUGACUCGAUUAUUAUCAGAGGACAAAAAUUACCGGAUAUCGAAGAAGUAACUGAUAUGCUCAAAAAAAAAUAUAAUGAAAUGGACAAAGAGAAGGUCGUCCAAGAUGUGCAAGACUUCUUCUCCAAUAUUGUUAAGAAAGUUAAAGAGUUGCAACAGUAA